GAAAAAGGGGAAAGGGUAAAAACCAUAAAUUUCCUUUUCAAGAGAUUAGUUUGCAGUUAGGGGCUUAGGGCCCUCUCCAUAUUUGUCUAAGUGUAGCCGCGUUAUUUUAAGCGCCUUGUCUCCGACCCUCAUGCAACGGCUUCUCUUUCUCUCCUCUUUCUCCAUCAAAGCCCACAUUUCUUUAACAAAACCAAAAUUCAAACUCUAAAUUUUCUUUUUUGGGUUUCAUCCAGCUCGAGACAAUAUUGUUCUUCUUCAUGGCUAAAAUCUCUACGUGAAACAUCAAGUUUCAACAAAUAACCAGGGGGAAAAAAAAAAAGUUUCCAUAUGAGACUCCGGCAAUAUGUCGAUUGAUGGAUGAUCGUGCAAGGAAAAUUAGAUUAAUGAGGUGGUCAUAAAUUUUAUUAUUAUGAUUUUGGGUGAAUAUUUGUACAUGUGGCCUGGAGUUGGAUAAAUAUACAUAUCUUCAAGGAUAUAAUUCAUGGUAUAAGGAUUUUAUUGAUUUUAUUUUGUUGGGAAGAUCGGGGAAUUUAUGGAUAUUAGAUAAUAACUAAAUAAUAUAGUAAUGAAACUUUCGCCAUUCUUGGUGACAACCAAGUUGACAUCAUGAACGUAAAUAUUGGAUAGUGUCAUAAAAGAAGAAUAAUUCAAAUAUUGUCUGGUCUGAUUGGAGAAGCAUAAGGAAGUUCAAGAUUAUUAAGGAAACAAGAGUUGGUAAUGUAUUGAUUAAUUGUAUGCCUCUAUUUAUAGAUAUAUUGAGUAAGACUUGUUUGAUACCAUGAUAAGAGAGUCCCCUGGUGGUUUAGGCCAGCAGUUUUAUGUAGAUACGGCCAAGGUUUUGUCUAAUGAUAGAUACCCAGAAGAUAGGCAUCAUCAUGAUGAUGAUGAUGGUGUUUGUGCACAGACAGGUGAAGAAUUUUCUACUGAAUUUUUGCGUGAUCGCAUUGCUCUAAGAAGGGUGGCAGAUCAUAGCCAGCUAAUACACAUGACAUCUAACUAUAAUCAGCACCAUCAGAUGGUUUAUGAGGAUCUUUCCAAUUUUCAUGGGAUUUGGAGAAAAAACUCGGGACUUGAUGCCUUAGAUUUUGUUUCCAGGGCAGGACAUCCAGUUGAACUAGAUCAUAGGGCUUAUCCAGAUCAUAUGAGCAGGUGCCAAUGGGAAUAUAGUGGCAGUGGACAAAACCCUGUCAAAUACACUGGUGAAAUGAAUACUGAUCGACUUAAUCCUCCCCUUAAAUAUGCGGCGGAGUCCCAUCCAUCGUAUCACCCUUAUGGAACUGAUGUUAUGGAAAGUUCUUUCUUGGGAAAAAUGAAAUUUUUAUGCAGCUUUGGGGGGAAGAUAUUACCUAGGCCAAGUGACGGAAAGCUUAGGUAUGUUGGUGGAGAGACAAGGAUUAUAUCCAUCAAGAAAACUGUUAAAUGGGAUGAACUUGCAAGGAAAACUUUGGCAAUUUGCAACCAACCACACACGAUCAAGUACCAGCUCCCUGGUGAGGAUCUUGAUGCCCUUAUUUCUGUAUGUUCCAAUGAAGAUCUACAUCAUAUGAUGGAAGAAUAUCGAGAACUAGAACGAAAUGGAGGCUCACAAAGACUGCGGAUAUUUCUCAUUCCCUCUGGUGAACCUGAUAGCCCAAAUUCAUUCGAGGGAAAGAUUCUACAACAGAAUGACCAAUAUGUUGUUGCUGUUAAUGGCAGGCCAGAUCUAAGUCCCAUGAAGACUAGACAACCAAUGCAGUUGGGAACCAAUUCAGAUAUUUAUGCAUUUGACAGUAAGGAUUCUAGUCAAACUUCCGCAUUUGCAAGUCCUGCUCUUCGGGUUCUCACUAAAGUUCAGAACCCGGGCACGCCUUUCAAUCAAUCUCCUCCCCUAUCUCCAGUUACAAUUCGGCAUGGAGAUCACAAGAAUUCAAACAUGCAUUUUUAUGUUGAUCGAUCGUAUCCCGAGGGUAAUGAAACCACUAGUCCUUUGACCAUGGACAAAAGUCCAUUUGACAAUUCAUUUCACCCUCAUCCCUCUAUAAAUUAUAAUAAAAUUCCUCAAGGACUAGUACCAUUAAUGAGCUACCAUCAUCAUCACCAAUAUUUUGUAGAAACUGACCACAGUAACAAACCAUCGUUACAUCAUUUUCACAAUCGUAGUCCAAGUGAAGAUUUUCUUCCACAUCAUCUAUAUGUUCAAAGUGACAUGAAUUCAGAUAGACCUAGGCUUAAGGAAAGGGCACUUUCUGACUCACGGUUGCAGGAACAUGAUGAAACACCAAAAUAUUACAUGGAAGAAGCAAUUAGCCCAUUAUCAACAUGGAUUGAUUCAAAUUGCCCACACGAGCCAGUGAUGUGGCAAGGUUUAAUGAAUGAGAAAUGCGAAGCAGAUAAGCAUGAUAAUCAAUGCACCUUCAACACACCAGAGAAAAUUGACUUGAAUAAAGAGUUGUUGAAGCGAGUAGACAGUAGAGUUACUUGCUCCGAUGGAGGCAGAAAACAAUGUGAAGGGAACAUAUUGAACAAUGAUUCCAUAGAGUGUAUCGACUUACUGAAAACAGAUCACCUUCCAAGUGUUCAACGCCACCAAAAAGAUUCACUAGCAUCUAAAAGAAUGGUUUGCACAAAUCAAGUUAAUGUUUUGGAAAAUUCUGUAGAUAACAUGAGGGAGCAUCUCCAGGAUUGCCAAUUAGGAACUGCCACACCUACACCUCUCUUGCAUUUUGGGAACCAAAAUGCGACUGAGGAUCAGCAGUGUUCUAUGACACAGAGAAAAAAUGGUCAAAAGCCUUCUGGUUGGCUACGUGGAUAUCAAAAUCCUCCACCAUGUGACCAAAAACCAAAAGCUCAGGACUCUAAAUCAGCUAAGAAUGCUGCUACAAGUAGAAUGUUUUAUCUGUACGAUGAAGACCCUGUGGAUUGUCGUGAUGACAAGGUUGAAAUUGAAAAUAACGGCUUCAGGAGACAAGCAUAUGAUGAACCAAUGAUUAAGAAUGCUCCACAACGCCUAGACUAUCCCCAUGGGAAUGAGGAAUCAGUUGUAAUUGUUGAAGAUGUAACUGGUACCACACCUCCAGAUAUUCCAUUGGCUUUGAGAGUUGUCCCACAUGUAGAACAAGAGGCCGCAGAUGAAUUCCCAGAUCAUAGAGAUUCUGAGACAGAAAGCACAAUUCAAGGAUCUGAAUAUGAGCAUUCAAAUGUUGACGGCAGAAAUACUGAGGAGUCUAUUAGUGAUGCUGCAAUGGCUGAAAUGGAAGCAGGCAUCUAUGGGUUGCAGAUUAUAAAGAAUGUUGAUAUUGAAGAACUAAAAGAGUUAGGAUCUGGUACUUUUGGAACUGUUUAUUAUGGGAAGUGGAGGGGUACUGAUGUUGCUAUUAAGAGGAUCAAAAAGAGUUGUUUUUCAGGAAGAUCAUCAGAGCAAGAGCGGCUGAUCAAAGACUUCUGGAGAGAGGCGCAGAUCCUAUCAAAUCUUCACCAUCCUAAUGUGGUAGCAUUUUAUGGUGUAGUCCCUGAUGGACCUGGGGGAACAAUGGCGACUGUUACUGAAUAUAUGGUUAAUGGAUCAUUGAGGCAUGUCUUACAAAAGAAGGACAAAGCACUUGAUCGUCGUAAAAAGCUUAUGAUUGCACUGGAUGCAGCUUUUGGCAUGGAAUAUCUACAUCUGAAAGAUAUUGUUCAUUUUGAUUUGAAGUGUGAUAAUUUGCUUGUGAAUUUGAGAGAUUCACAACGACCCAUUUGCAAGGUUGGAGAUUUUGGUUUGUCAAGAAUUAAACGCAAUACACUCGUAUCCGGUGGGGUGCGUGGAACCCUUCCAUGGAUGGCACCAGAAUUACUCGAUGGCAGCAGCAAUCGAGUCUCUGAGAAGGUUGAUGUUUACUCAUUUGGUAUUGCAAUGUGGGAGAUUUUGACUGGUGAAGAGCCAUAUGCCAACAUGCAUUGCGGUGCUAUCAUAGGCGGAAUCGUAAGUAACACGCUUAGGCCUCAGAUACCAGAAGACUGUGAUUCUGAGUGGAAAAAGUUGAUGGAAGAAUGCUGGUCUUUCAACCCAGCAGCAAGGCCAUCAUUUACAGAAAUAACAAACAGGCUGCGGUUUAUGUCAAUGGCACUCCAACCGAAGCGGCGGAAUCUUGCAAAUAAAUGAAAACUGCGUUUCCAUGUAAGCCACAAGGAUAAAACUCUCGUGUACAUGUAAAAGGUUAAGUAGGCAAAUGUGUUUAAAGAUUUAGCUGACUUUCUUAAGGAGCUAUAUUACAAGCCAUAUCCAUGGAGAUAAGCAUCUUCUAGACCGAAAAUAUGAAUAUAUUUUCAUAUUCAAGUAUUUAUUUAUUUAUCUAUUUUCAAUUU